AUGGUGGCUUUGCCGUCUCUCCUCAUCUCCGCCCUGGCUACUCUGGCAGCAGCUAGCCCCAUCGCUGAGCCUGACAGCCAGUCCCUGGAAACCAGACAGUUCGGCAUGACCGCUAAUGAUCUCGGCACCGGUGCAUGCAAAGAUGUAACACUGAUCUUCGCCCGAGGCUCUACGGAAAUGGGCAACAUGGGCACGGUCAUUGGACCCCCUCUCUGCUCGGCGUUGAAGAGUAAGCUCGGUGCCGACAAGGUCGCCUGCCAGGGCGUGGGCGGCAUGUAUACCGGAGGGUUGAUGCAGAACGCUCUUCCCCAGAACACUGACCCUGGUGCCAUCUCGACGGCGAAGUCGCUCUUCGAGCAAGCCAGCACUAAGUGUCCCAAUACCAAGAUCGUGGCUGGUGGAUACAGUCAAGGCAGUGCUGUCAUCGACAAUGCGGUCCAGCAGCUUUCCUUCGACGUCAAGGAUAAGGUUAAGGGUGUUGUUUUCUUCGGGUUCACCCGUAACCUCCAGGACAAGGGCCAAAUCCCCAACUACCCCAAGGACAAUGUCAAGGUCUUCUGUGCGAUGGGCGACCUUGUCUGCGAUGGCACGCUUAUUGUCACCGCUGCCCAUCUGACGUAUACCAUCAAUGCGCCGGACGCUGCGUCUUUCCUUGCCUCCAAGGUUCAGUUGGCUUAG